AUGCUUGUUAUGAGUUGUCCAUCCACAACCAAUGAGCCAGAGAGCUGCAGCAGUGAGGGGAGCAGCUGCACCACUUCCUCCAUCACCACCUCUGACCCAUCAUCUAUGUCCGGACACACUCGCUCCACACUGCCUUCCCUCAGUGAAGCCCCUGACACCUCCAAGCAUGAAGCUCCCCCUCCUCCACCCCUACCUCCCCCACCUCCGCCACCCCCAGCGAACACAUCCACUAACCACAAUGCGAGGAAGAAGCGUCGCGUGCGCAGCUUUUUCUGGAAGCCGAUCCCGGAGGAGAAGGUACGAGGGAAGCCCAACAUCUGGACUCUGGCAGUGCGACAGCAGCAGUACCAGAUCGAUGUUCGCUCUGUGGAGGAGCUGUUCGGGCAGCAGGAGGAGGCGGUGACGGGCAUACGAGGAGCCACGCCAACCGCUGGAACCUCGGCUCGCGUAUCCCGAUCCCGCUCAUUCAAGGAGAGCAGCAAGGAUGAGAUCAGCAUUCUUGACUCCAAGAGGGGGAUGAAUGUGGGCAUUUUCCUGAAGCAGUUCAAGAAGCCCAACCACUCUAUUGUUGAGGACAUUCGACGAGGAGAAGGAAAGAUUUAUGGAGCAGAGCUGCUCAAAGACCUGCUGAAGCUCCUUCCUGAAGCAGAGGAGAUCAAGAAGCUACAGAUGUUUAAAGGAGACCCAGACAAGCUGACACUCGUUGAUUCCUUUAUGUACCUCUUGAUCCAGGUGCCACGGUUCGAGGUUCGGAUCGAGGCCAUGGUUCUCCGCGAAGAGUUCUUCCCUUCCUGCGCUGUGAUGAGCCACGAGAUCGAUGUCGUCCGCGUCGCCACUAAGGAGCUGAUGGGCUGUGAGGAGCUUCAUGCCAUUCUACAUCUUGUGCUGCAGGCUGGAAACAUCAUGAAUGCUGGCGGCUACGCAGGAAAUGCUGUGGGAUUUAAGCUGUCCUCCCUCCUCUCACUGGCUGACACCAAGGCCAACAAGCCAGGGAUGAACCUGCUGCACUUUGUUGCCAUGGAGGCAAAGAAAAAAGACGAGAAGCUGCUCAAGUUUACAGAGAAACUUCAGGAUGUUCAGUGUGCAGCCCGAAUCUCAGUGGAGAACAUUGAGUUGGAGUUUUCCUCAUUAUAUGUUCGGAUUAAAUCCCUGGAGGAAAAGGUUCAAGGAGACCAGGAGCUCCUGCAGCAGCUGGAGCCCUUUCUGCAGAGUUCAGCACGGACUCUUCAGGACCUGAAGAGACGCAGGCUGGAUCUGCGUAAAGAGGGAAACACUCUCAUCGAUUUCUUUUGUGAAGACAAGGACACGUUCAAGCUGGAUGAGUGCUUCCGCAUCUUUCAAGACUUCUGCUUUAAGUUCAAGAAAGCUGUUAAGGACAACAUGGAUCGUGAGUUGAAGGAAGCAGCCAGACAGCGUCGUCUGAGAGAGCUGGAGGAAAAGCGAUUUGCGUGGUCGGGAGCAGAUCAGAGCGGGGGAUUCGGUCGCAGCAGCAGCGAGAACGACGUGGAAAUGCUCACCAAGGAAGGCCUCCUGGACUUCUUCCAGCAGAGGUCUCAGAGUCCACAUAGCCCGCUGGGACGUUCUGCCAGCGCCCGACGCCACCGUCACACCAUGACUUCCAUAGCAGACCGUGAACUCCAGGGAUACCUUGAGCUAUUUGGAGGCACUGGGAGUCCCUCUGACUAUUCCAAGUUUAACAGCCUACCACGGUCGGGCCGCCCCAUACAGCGGAAGUCAACCCCAUGGAUCUUAGCCCAGGACAACAACCGUGAGCUAGGCUGUGACAGACAGGUGACAUCUCCAUGUGCUGAAACUGAACCUAUCAGCCCACUGGCCAGGUUUUCCUCCUCUGGGUUAAAUGAUAACGAGGACCCGUACAACAACAACAACAAUUACUCAUCUACAUCAGAAAGCAGCGCUCUGCCUCGUUCCUUUUGUGUCUUUCAGAAGCCUGCCCAUCUUCCCAACCCAGCAAUUACCGGCCACAUGAAUGUUAGUGUGGAGAAGCAUACAUUAGUUCAAGGUCCUCAAGCUUUUGACCUACCUAGUCCAAACAAUAACAGUAAUCAUAUGCACUUUGUCAACCAGGGGGAUGUCGUGGUGACAGAUUUGGAAAAGGAGAGACGGCCCCGUCCCAAGAAUCUCGACAAUUUGCCAGGUGAUAAACUUUUAGAAAGAGAAGCAGAUCCCAAGGCACUGUGGGAAGAUAAACUAGAUCUUACUACACAGGGUGGGCCCUCUCCUGACAGAGAGAAAGAGGAGGAGGACAACAGCACAGUUUCAUCAACAACCUGUGAUACACCCCUUCCACUAGAUACCCCUGUGUCCAAUAAGAAGCCAGUGUUUUACAUAGUAGACUGCACAGAAACUGACUGCUCUGUCACCUUGGACUACUCUGAGGCUGAAAGCUCAUCUCUAACAAAAGAGGGGCUUUAUUUCAGAUCUGCGGAUUGCAGCAAAGAUCAGGAGAGCCAACAAGAUCCAAGCUCUCUGUCCUCUAAUUUAGAGUCCAUGUCUCCCAAUGACCAGUCUGCUUCAAACAAUGAGCUCUCAGCGUCAAAAUCUGUGGACGCAGCAUCCUUGACUCCGUCUGCGACCACAGAAGAGUGGGACACGGAGAGCUGCGACACCGCUGAGGGAAAACAAGGUGCAGAGAAAGAUGCACAGAGAAGCAACAGAAAACCAGUGCACGCAAAGGGUAAAGCUAACAAAGCAACAAAGUGCAACGGAGGUCGCGGUGUGCGAACGCUGACCAGCAGCGAGAGCCAGGGCAUGCGGAAAGUUGUGCCUAUUAGCAAGCUUACAAGGACGGGUAGCAGCAAGCGCGCAGAGAGAACUUUGGUGCAUGAUGGUGGAGAGUCCCGCCGGCCUCUCCGAGAUCAGAGCACCCCAGCGAGAGGAAGGAGUGAGAAGACCACAAGACCUCCUCGACACUCCAGUUUGCCUCCUGAUGAGUCGAAAGCUCAGAGGGGAAGCAACCCCGCAGGCGGUAUUUCAAGAUGGGCACGCGAUUCGACCCCGAGAAAGGCUUCCAUCCACAAGCCGAGCGCCAAACCCCUGAGGAACAUCCCCAAGCCUGCUCCUGAGGAGAAAAUGUGCCGCUCCACUAUGAGAGCCUUGGCCCAGGCCCAAGCUCAGGCACAAGGUGGAGCUUCCUCUGAAAACAGCAGCUCACACACGCUCAGUGCAAAAAACACCUCCGAUGUCCCCAGCUUUGCCCGGAACACCGUAGCUUCAUCCUCCAGGACCAAGAAGGAGCUGGGUCCCCCGUCCGUCCCCUCCACCCCAUCUCGCAGCCCUUCGCUCCUGGGUCGACAACCCUCUGCAAAGCAGAACAGAAUAUCACCCACAGUUCAGAGCAACGAGGAGCGGCCACAAGGGACAAACCUCCGUCGGGUGCAUAGCGUUAAGGCUACCAGUCGAAGCGCAUACCACAGCGAGACCCCGCCUCCAACACGUGAGGAUAUUCGUAAGACUGGAAGCUAUUCUGAAAAGUCAUUGAUGACACCCAGCAGAAGUUCUAAACCCAACUGGAAAUAAAACAAAACUCAGUGGACACAGACUGGAGAAAGAUAAGUAGAGACUUUAGUUUGAGUUCAGUGUAACUUGAUAUUCACUCUUCUUCUCUGCCUACAGAGCUGACUUCUACUCUCAUAUGAUGCAAAAGACACAAGUCUGAAAAAACUAAUUCAACUCUCACCUUCUAAGUUCCUCCAGUAGCUGACUCUGUAUCAGGUUAAUGAAUUGCAAAGAGCAAGAUGCAAUGAACUUCCCCACAUAUUCUGUUGUGUUUGUACAAAAAAGCUUUUGUUCACAACUUCCUUUCAUUCUGAGGGGGUGGAGUGGGGCAUUAACUAAACUGACAAAUGGCAAAUUGGUGUUUUUACACAGGAGCCUCUUUGCCUGCUUAGCUGUCUGUACUGUAUUUGCUAGUGUCUGUGAUGACGUAGCUGUUGAACACUACCGACUAUAUAAUGCUGCUAAAUAGCUCUGACAAUUUGAAACUGAACUUCAGUGUCUGUUUGAUUCAGGGUUACAAGAUUUGUUGUACCUUACCUUGCUGCUCUUACGGUGUUUUUCAGUUUUGUUGCGUCCUCCUGUAGA